ACUGUCCACCACCUCCUCGGAGCAGGCUUGGCUCCAGCAUGAACUGCAGGGUGCCUGUGCCUGCCCCCCGCCUGCGCUGAGCCCCCCGGCACUGCUCGCAGCGAGCCUCGGCACCCAGCCAUGGAGAAGACCUACUCACUGACGGCCCACUAUGAUGAGUUUCAAGAGGUGAAGUACGUGAGCAAGUACCAGAGCGGCACUUUGCCCAAUGGCUUUGCCCUCCAGCUGGGCACCGGGGCCAAGAAACGCCGCGGAGGGCUGCCACGCUGGAGCCGCCGGGAGAUCUGCCUCCUCUCGGGACUGGUGUUCGCCGCAGGGCUCUGCGUCAUCUUGACGUGCAUGUUGGUCCUCAAAUACCUGGCGGCCGAAGGGGACAGCUACUGCCUGGAAGGCUGCCAGGAGAAGAAGGCCUUCUUGCGGGCGUCCCGGUUCCUCAGCGCCAACAUGGAUGCCACCAUCGACCCGUGCCAGGAUUUCUACUCCUUUGCUUGCGGCGGGUGGCUCCGGCGGCACGGCAUCCCCGAGGACAAGCUGGUGUACGGCACCAUCGGAGCCAUCGCAGAGCAGAAUGAGGCCAAGCUGCAGGCGCUGCUGAGCCGCCCGAUCGACCAGGACGGGCUGACGCUGCCCGAACGGACCCUGUACCUGGGGCAGGAUGAGGAGAGCGAGAAGAUCCUGGCAGCGUACCGAGUGUUCAUGGAGAGGCUGCUCACCCUGCUGGGGGCUGAGCACGUGGAGCAAAAGGCCCAGGAGAUCCUCCAGCUGGAGCAGCACCUUGCCAAUAUCACGGUGUCCGAGUACGAUGACGUGCGGAGGGACGUCAGCACCAUGUACCACAAAGUGACCCUGGGCGAGCUGCAGCGCAUCACCCCCACUCUCAAGUGGAAGCGCUUGCUGGACCGCAUCUUCCACGACAACUUCUCAGAGGAUGAGGAGGUGGUGCUGCUGGCCACUGACUACAUGCACAAGGUGUCCGACCUCAUCCGUGUGACCCCCACCAGGAUCCUUCACAACUACAUGCUGUGGCGCAUUGUGGUGGUGCUGAGCGAGCACCUCUCAACCCCUUUCCGCGAUGCCAUCCAUGAACUCUCCAAGGAGAUGGAGGGCAACGAGAAGCAGAUUGAGCUGGGCAAGAUCUGCCUGAGCCAGACCAACAAACACUUUGGCAUGGCUCUGGGUGCCCUCUUCGUCGAGGAGUACUUCUCCUCCACCAGCAAGGCCAAGGUGCAGCAGCUAGUGGAGGACAUCAAGUACAUCCUGGACCAGCGCCUGGAUGAGCUGGACUGGAUGGACGAGGAGACACGGAGAGCAGCCAGGGCCAAGCUCCAGUACAUGAUGGUGAUGAUCGGCUAUCCCGAUUCCCUGCUGACACCAGAGGCCAUUGACAAGGAGUAUGAGGCAAGGGGUAGCCCAGGGCCACACAGGGGCGUGGUGUUCCCCGCUGGCAUCCUGCAGCCGACCCUCUACGACCCCGAAUUCCCACAGUCCCUGAACUAUGGUGGGAUUGGCACCAUCAUCGGGCAUGAGCUGACCCACGGCUAUGAUGACUGGGGGGGACAGUACGACCGGCACGGGAACCUGGUGCACUGGUGGACAGAGACGUCGUACAGCAAGUUCCUGAAGAAGGCACAGUGUAUUGUCAAUCUCUAUGACAACUUCACUGUCUACAACCAGCGGGUGAAUGGCAAACACACGCUGGGGGAGAACAUUGCUGACAUGGGGGGACUCAAACUCGCUUACUACGCCUACCAGAAGUGGGUGCGGGAGCACGGCCCUGAGCACCCCCUGCACCACCUGAAAUACACCCACGACCAGCUCUUCUUCAUCGCCUUCGCCCAAAACUGGUGCAUCAAGAGACGAUCCCAGUCCAUCUACCUGCAGGUGCUGACGGACAAGCACGCCCCGGAGCACUACAGGUACCUGGCCCCGAAACGCGGCACGGCGUGUGCCAGCCUUGCCCGCUGCUAG